GCUCAAUACAACAGUUGGUAGACGUCAUAGGCCAAAUUCAUUACCAACUUUUAACAUUGGAUGUCGGUAUUUUCUGUUGUUGGUAUUAUCUGUGAUUAUACCGACUUCGUGAGAUAAUGGAAGCGGUAUGUCAAAGGAGCGUUGGUCGUGGAUUUCAGAAAAAAUAUGUCUGGGAUUAUUUCUCCGCUUUUUCAACCGCAAUAAGCACUUGUAAGAGCACGGGUUUAAUUAAAAGUAAACUUGAUGAGACAGAUAAUAACAUAAUGAAAUUAAUGAACGUUUAUUUUACUGAGGCCGAAAUGAAAAUAUUGUUAGAAACGUGCAGUAUCGACCAACUACAAGUGACAGAUGAACCCCCACUCAUUGAUGUGAAAUGUGUGAAAGUGAGACCAGGAUUGUUCACAGUUCUACAAUACCAGAAGCAGCUUCAAACAUGGAGUCUUUAAGAUAUCUAAGCAAACAAACUAUGAAUGAGGAAACAAUAGGACAUCUUAAAUACUGCAACUAACAUUUGACAUACGAUGCCUGCCGUGGUGCGGAGCGAGAGGAUGAGAUGGAGGAAGUGUUCUCCACGGGAGAGGGAAGUGGCGAGACCACUGAUGCUGCAGCUCCAGCGAAGGGAUCAGUCUCAGCCAGCCGUCGACAGAGGCAGCAAAGGACACUGCAGAGAACGGGUGUCGGGCGCGAGGAACCAGCCAAUCGGAGAUCGGCGUCCACGUUUCGCCCUGAAAGAUCUUGCAGAGAUCGAUGCGCGAGACUUCGUCAAAUGAAUUCGAAGGAACUUUCGUUUUAUUUUGAAUGCUGAAUUGGUAGCAGACCGAUAUCAGGAAGUGAUAAUUUCAACAUCACCAAUCAAUCAAUCGCUUUGAUUUGAUCAUGUUACAUCCGACAUUUUCGUGACAUAAUCUUCAUCUGGAAUACAGUGCAUUUGAAUCACUGCAAAAAUUCGGGUUUUUAAUUUUACGAUAUUGAAGAUUUCGUUUCUUGGUCUGGCGAAAAUCGACUUGUUUUUGUGUUUUUUUUAUAUAUGGAAGGAACUGAGUUAUACCUGUUUAUGCACGAUAAGAGGACGUUUUAUGCUGAGUACUAACCAACGUCAGUGCAAUUGAUUAGAGACAAAUUAAGUUUUGUUGUUGCAAGUAUUUACACGGACCUGAUAGUCAGUUUUAUUCUUGAGUGAGAGAACUGUGGAUGUUCCGAUUUAUCCAUCGGAUGACUUUGUUGCGUGACGUAAUUCCUCGUACACGUGCUUGAACGCUGUUGACUACUGUGGUUCGGCAUGCGUCUGCCUUCUUUGAUCACUGCGCCAGUCGCAAUUAGGAAGAAGGUCUGGGCUACCCUGGAUCUGCCCAGCGCCGACACUACGAUGGUGUGGUUCUUGCUGUUCUUGGCCUUCGCCCCCACGCGAGCCAUACAGUACCCUGGACAGGGCUUAGACGUCGACAAUGCUCUGCAGCCAGCACCCGCAGGGGGACCGAACGUUUGUCGAUCAAAAUAUCGCCAUUACUGCUGUCCGGGAUGGACGAUUAAAGCUUCUACGGGACUCUGCGUUGUACCGAUCUGCUCUCGGCCGUGCGCCUCUGGUCGAUGCAUCAAGCCCAACAUCUGUCUGUGUGACGGAGGCACCGUCUCUUCGUCAUGUCCUUCACCGUCGUCGCAGCAGCAAAGACCAGAUGGGAGAGAUGGUGGUACAUGCCCAACAGCUUGUUUAAAUGGAGGAUCUUGUAGUGGUUCUAAAUGUGUGUGUAGACCUGGCUAUCAAGGUGAAUUCUGUGGAGAACCGGUGUGUCAAGAACCUUGCCUGAAUGGUGGUCGGUGUAUUGGGCCGGACAGAUGUGCUUGUAUCUAUGGAUUUACGGGAAGAAGAUGUGAAGCAGACUAUCGGACAGGGCCCUGCUUUACCAGAGUGAAGAAUGAGAUGUGUCAGGGUCAACUACAAGGAGUGGUUUGUACAAAACAGCUGUGUUGUGCCACAGUGGGUCAAGCAUGGGGUCAUCCUUGUGAAAAGUGUCCCACACACCUUGACUGUGAUGAAGGCUACCUUAAGAAUAUCCACAGUGGGCAGUGUGUUGAUGUCGAUGAAUGUGAAGCGAUCCCAGGCCUGUGCCAAGGUGGCAAAUGUGUCAACACAGUGGGUUCUUUCAACUGUGAGUGUCCUGAGGGACAGACACGCAACAUAGAAACCAAUGAAUGUGAGGAUCGUGAUGAGUGCAAGGAGGCAGGCUUCUGUCAAGAUGGACGUUGUGUUAACACUGACGGUUCAUACUACUGCGUUUGCAACCAAGGCUUCAUUCCUAGCCAAGACAGGAAAGGCUGCAUAGAUGCACGCCAGGGAAACUGCUAUACAUCUGUGACACAAACUGGACAAUGCAGGAACAGACUGCCAAUAAAGCUCUCUAAAAAGGACUGCUGCUGUGGAAUGAACAUGGGCAAAGGGUGGAGUGAUAACUGUGACAUCUGCCCCACACCCAAUACUGAGGCUUAUAAGAGGUUGUGCCAUCCGAGCCCUGGUGACAUCACGCAGGUGAACGAGUGUGCUCUGCGAGCCAACAUUUGUGGCAAUGGACGUUGCAUUGAUACUCCUGAUGGAUACCGGUGUGACUGCUACCCAGGAUACUUUGCCCUUGCAGAUAUUGAUGAAUGCUCUGAACUAAACUAUUGUCAAGGAGGGCAGUGUACAAAUACUCCUGGAAGUUUCAGCUGUGUCUGCCCACCAGGAUUUGAUGUGUCUUCUGAUGGAAAAUACUGUACAGACCACGAUGAAUGUAGUCAGACUGGAAUGUGUAUAAAUAUGGAUGGUUCCUUCAAAUGUCACUGUCACAGUGGAUUUAUUCUCUCACCAUCUGGACAUGCAUGUGUNGAUAUUGAUGAAUGUUAUGAGAACGCAAGAGUCUGCCUGAAGGGACGUUGUGAAAAUAUACCUGGAUCCUACCGGUGUGUGUGCCAGGAUGGUUUUACACCAUCAUUGGAUGGGACAUUCUGUGUAGACUUGGAUGAAUGUUCUCAAACAGGGAUGUGUGGAAAUGGCAAAUGUGUCAACAUCGAUGGUUCAUUUAAGUGUGUCUGUGAUUCUGGUUAUCGACUGGGCCCUGACAGUAAGGUGUGUGUUGAUAUAGAUGAAUGCAUAAGCAACCCUUGUCAACAUGGGUCCCGUAUAAAUUCGCAAGGCAGUUUCCGUUGUGAAUGUACCACAGGGUUUAUACUUGGUCCAGAUGGAAGAUCAUGUCUUGAUACGCGCCGUGAUCUGCGCUACUCCCAGUUCCGAGAUGGUCAGUGCUUGAAUCCAACUGCGAUGCCAGUAACAAAGUCAAGUUGCUGCUGUUGUACUGAAUCAUCUGAUUUAUCCUUUUUUAAAUUGCUAGAUGUCAAUGAGUGUGCACAAACUCCCGAUAUAUGCCAAAAUGUAGCAUGUGAGAACUUGAUGGGAACAUACCGGUGCAUUUGCAACCCAGGGUAUCAGGUUGAUAAUACAGGGAAAAUUUGUUCUGAUAUCAAUGAAUGUGAGUUGGAUGACUUGGUCUGUAGUGGAGGGCAGUGUAGGAACACUCGAGGCAGCUUUCAAUGUAUCUGCCCCACGGGCACUCGGCUCAACCCUGUCACACAAGUAUGUGAAGAUAUUAAUGAAUGCAGAGAGCUAGGUCCUGAUGCUUGCUUUAAUGGAGCCUGCGUGAACAGUGUCGGUUCAUACGAGCGCGAAUGUGAACCAGGAUUCAUUUUGGACAACAGUUUAAAUUUCUGUGCAGAUGAUAGGAAGGGGUCGUGCUGGACCAGGUUAGUGGGUGGUCACUGUGAGAAUAAUCUACGUCACCUUACAUUAAAAUCUGAAUGCUGCUGUUCAAUUGGACUGGCAUGGGGCAGUCCGUGUGAGAUAUGUCAUGGCCUGUGUGACUGCAAAGGUAAAUACAAUGAGGGAGAUCCUGUAGAUGGUAAAACAUGUACAGAUGUAAAUGAAUGUGACCUGAAUGUCGGAGUGUGUCGAGGAGGAGGAACGACGUGUGUCAACACAGAUGGUUCUUUCACGUGCACCUGUCCACCUGGAUUGACACUGGAUCCUACUGGUACAGUAUAUCUGGAUGUUAGGCAGGAGGCGUGUUAUACUGAGUACCGACACGGGCAGUGCAGUAAUCCUCUAGAAGGAAUUUUCUCACGCAUCCUAUGCUGUUGCUCUUCUGUGGGCAAAGCUUGGGGUGGAGGGGACACUGGAACCAGCAGAUGUGAACCUUGCCCACGGUCAGGAACUCAGGCUCAUCAGGAACUGUGCCCCAAAGGGAAUGGCUUCAUCGAUCGCAAGGAUAUUAACGAAUGUACGGAGUUCCGGAAUGGUCGCUGUAAGAAUACGGUUGGAGGUUUCAGCUGCAAGUGCAACCAGGCCGGAAAUGCUUGUGUUGAUCGCCGGCAGUCACGAUGCUACAGAAAAGUAGAGGAGAAAACUGGACGCAGGCGCUGUAGCCAAGAAAUUGGUGAAUCUGUUACCAAGGCGACAUGCUGUUGCACCAUUGGCAAAGCUUGGGGUCCACGCUGUGAACUGUGUCCGCAAGAAGGCUCCGAGGAGUACAAGUUUCUCUGCCCAAAUAAUAAUGGCUACAGGCCUAAUAGUAUCACAGUGCUUCUGGAAGAUAUUAACGAAUGUGAGGAAUAUGAGAACUUGUGUCGUAAUGGACAUUGCACCAAUACAUUUGGCAGCUUCAUGUGCUCAUGUAAUGAUGGCUUCCGUUUGGAUGAGAGUAAUGCUUUUUGUGUUGACAUCAAUGAAUGUGAUGAGGAUCUACAUAUCUGUGGAGUCGGCUCUUGUGUUAAUGAAAUUGGAAACUACCACUGUGUGUGCCCACAUGGCUACAUGCUACUGCCUAAUGGAAAGGAGUGUGUGGAUAUGCGGAAAAGCCAGUGCUUCUUGGAAUACAGCGAUGGAGGCUGCACCAAUCCGAUGAUGAACGAACAGACUCGUAUGGUUUGUUGCUGUUCCAUGGGGCAUGCCUGGGGAACCCCAUGCCAAGAAUGUCCUCACCCAGAUUCAAAGGAGGGGAUCGCUUUAUGUGGAGGUCCAAAGAUGAAACCUGGCUAUAUUCAGAACCGUAUUACUAAUCAGACUGAAGAAAUAGACGAAUGCCGUCUGAUGCCAACAAUGUGUAACCAUGGGCGAUGUAUGAAUACACCAGGAAGCUUUGAAUGUCAGUGUGAUCGAGGAUUUGUUUAUGACAUCAAUGUUCAUCAGUGCAUUGAUGACAAUGAGUGCAUACGUGUUCCAAGUCCAUGUCGAGGCAAUGCCCAGUGUGUCAACUCACCGGGAAGUUUUGAGUGUCAGUGUCCAGAAGGUUACAAACUUGGAAUUAGUUUAAGAGAUUGUGUAGACAUUGAUGAGUGCAGAGAAAGACCAGGAAUCUGCAGCAAUGGAGAAUGUAACAAUUUCCAAGGAAGCUUUCAAUGUAUUUGUCAGAAUGGCUACCAGCUGACACCUACACGAGACUCCUGCCUUGACAUAGAUGAGUGCAAACGUCAUCCCAAUAUAUGCAACAAUGGAACUUGUGCCAAUACAGUUGGAUCUUACAAGUGCCAUUGUUAUCCAGGUUUUAAGCUCAGCCACAACAAUGACUGCAUUGAUAUUGAUGAAUGCCGUGUGAUGCCCUUUUUGUGUCGCAAUGGAAGAUGCCGAAAUGUACUGGGUUCAUUCAACUGUGAGUGUGCAGAGGGCUAUGUUUUGGCAGCUGAUGGCCAGCAUUGUAGGGAUGUUGAUGAAUGUCAUGAGGUUCCAGGAACUUGUCCUCCUCCAGGAAAAUGCCAGAAUUUGAUGGGAUCAUAUAUUUGCAGCUGUCCGCCUGGCUAUGAACUUGGUCCAGAUGGAAAUGCCUGUGAAGACAUUGAUGAAUGUGUAGAGAAUGCUGGCAUUUGUGAGGAAGGAGCAUGUGUUAAUACAGAUGGAGGAGUGAUAUGUGAGUGCCCUGAAGGUUACAUACUCAGUCCAAAUGGUAUGAAGUGCAUUGACGUUCGAGAGGAGCUGUGCUAUGAUGAAUUUUAUAGAGGGCAGUGUUCUCAUCCUCGGAUGAUACCCAUCACAGCAAAGAAAUGCUGCUGUUCCAUGGGUUUGGCAUGGGGUCGACAUUGCGAACAGUGUCCCCGCCAAGGCUCAGCUGAAUUCAACAAAUUGUGCCCACAAGGAGUUGGUCGAGGGGACACUGGAGAAGAUCUUAAUGAGUGUUCUUUCAUGCCUAAUGCUUGUGAUGGAGGUGACUGCAUUAAUACAGAUGGGUCAUUUCGAUGUGAGUGCGCUACUGGGUUUGUGCUUGAUGGAACUGGCAAAAAGUGUAUUGAUGACAAUGAAUGCAUAUCAGUAAAAAAUAUCUGUGGUAAUGGCACAUGCAACAAUGUUGAAGGUGGCUUUGAAUGUUCGUGUAGUGAAGGUUUUGCUCCUGGACCAAUGCAGGUGUGUGAGGAUGUUAAUGAAUGUCAGGAAAUGGGGAAUCAGUGCGCCUUCCGAUGCCACAAUGUUCCAGGGUCUUUCCGUUGCAUAUGUCCAUAUGGCUAUGCCUUAGCACCAGACGGAAGACACUGCCAAGAUGUGGAUGAAUGUGUGACACCUGCCAACAACUGCAAAUUCAUGUGUAAGAACUUGAUAGGAACAUUCAUGUGCAUCUGUCCAGAGGGUUACCAGCAAGUAGGACUCACAGAUGACUGCCGGGAUGUUAACGAGUGUGUUACCAAUCCCGCCAUUUGUCGAAAUGGUAACUGCGUUAAUCUGCAGGGAAGUUACCGCUGUGAUUGCUAUAAUGGAUUUGAACCCAGCCAUGACCGCAAACAAUGCAUAGAUCGUCGAGUUGGCUUCUGUUUCCGGCAGCUAGUGGCAGGUCGAUGCACAAGUCAUACUGAUGGGCUGAAGCCUGUGACUAGAGCAGACUGUUGCUGUACAAUGGGGGCUGCCUGGGGACCUCACUGUGAGAUAUGUCCCUCUCCCACUUUAGAUGAUUAUCAGGAUCUUUGUUUGGAAUCAGGAUAUUCAGUAGAUGGCCAUGAUAUUGACGAGUGCAAUACAAUACCAGAUCUGUGCCGGAAUGGAAGAUGCAUAAACACACUGGGAUCAUAUCGUUGCAUCUGUAACAAGGGCUAUAAGCCUCAUCAUAGUGGGACUCGUUGUCUUGAUGUAAAUGAAUGUGAACAAAUUCCUUCACCUUGUAAGUUCGCGUGCCAGAAUACAGACGGAAGUUUUAUUUGCUCAUGCCCAAUUGGAUUUGUUCUCAAUCCUGAUGGUGUUAGCUGCCGUGAUCUGGACGAGUGUGCAACAGGGCGGCAUGUAUGUCAACAUGAAUGUGUGAAUACACAAGGCAGCUAUAAAUGUUCAUGCCCUAAAGGAUAUAAUCAGGUUGGAGAUCAGUGUACAGAUAUAAAUGAGUGUGUGGAGCAGACUGGAACUUGUCCGCCACCUGGAAACUGUAUCAACACGCUGGGAAGUUUUAAAUGUAUAUGUCCUCGGGGAUUCAAACUGGAUUCAACUGGAACAUUUUGUACAGAUGCAGAUGAAUGCACUGAUGACUCUAAAUGCCCAUAUGGAUAUGGCUGUCAGAAUCUGGUUGGUACUUUCCGAUGUGCUUGUCCAGAAGGUUUCAUUCAGCACUUUUACCGUAACGAGUGUGUGGAUGACAAUGAGUGCAAUCAGUCUCCCUGUGGCUCAGGCACAUGCUACAACACCUUUGGUAGCUAUCGCUGCGGAUGUCCUGAUGGCUACCAAUUUGACACAGCACUCUCCGUUUGCAUACAGGUAAGUGCUGGCUGUGCAGGUAGUCCAUGUGCGUUUGGCUGUACAUCGCUUGGUGGCAAUAAUUUUCAGUGUGGCUGUCCGACAGGAUACCAGCGCAUUGGCCAAGGUCACUGUCUGUCAACAAUAAAUCCAAUAGCCCAUAGCUAUACAGGAGAGGAUAUAGGAAAUGUUCCUACAUACCCUAUUGAUUCUGAACAUUACCAGAUACCACAAGACAAACUAAUUUCUACAGAAGGGUGUUUCUCUUGCAAGAUUAAUGGUAAAAAUCGCCAUAGAAGAUCCCUUCAUGGGUUACUUACAUCAAACUGGAAUAGCACAUAUGUGAAUAAUGCAUUAAAUGACAGCGGAACUCCAGUCAUCAAGAGACCGAGUACUUCAUCACAUCUUAAGAAACACAGUCUACACAGGAAAAGGAAAGUAAGACAUCAUCAUAAUGAGCAGAUGUAUCUGAAACUCAGUUUAGCACAAACCAAACAUCGAAUGAGAAUAGUAAAACUUCAGCCAGCUAUAAAGAAUGACUUUGAAUAUGUGAUCUCAAGAGGAAAUGAGAAUGGCCAAUUUGAAAUGGUGAAAAAACAUGGAGUGUGGGCACUGCACUUCAAACGAAGACUCAAACAUCCUGGGACAUUUGAUCUCAUAUUUGCCAGUCAUCCU